ACGUCGUGGAGUAGCAACAAUACAACAGUAAUUAGCCUCCCACCCUGCAACCAGUCCCUUCCACCCCUCUUUCAAUUUUCUCUCUCCUCCGAACGACGUCGUUGACGACUUAGGGUUUCUUAACGAUCGAUUUCCAUGGCGAUGCAAACUGGAAUUGGCUUAUCUAGGCUCAUCUUCAUAGUCGGAGCUGGUUAUACAGGAACAAUCCUUGUCAAAAACGGAAAAUUAUCCGACAUAAUCGGCGAACUUCAGGCUUUGGUGAAGGGUUUGGAGAAGUCUGGUGAUUCUGCCAAUGUUGAUUCUGAUCCAAUUGCUGCACAGGUACGCUGGUUGGCACAAGAGGUGCGGCAACUAGCCUCAUCAAGACAAAUUACAGUGGUGAAUGGUGGUUCUGGUGGGACAGAUAUGUCAUCUCUUAUUCUUCCGGCGGCCACCUUAGGUGCUCUGGGAUAUGGGUAUAUGUGGUGGAAGGGAUUUUCUUUCUCCGAUCUUAUGUAUGUCACCAAGCGUAAUAUGGCAGCGGCAGUGGCCAAUCUGACAACAAACUUGGACAAUAUUAAAGACAGGCUUUCUAAAGUUAAGGUACACUUGACCCAGAGGAUUGAAAACCUGGAUGGGAAAAUUGACGAGCAGAGGGAGUUGUCAAAAAUAAUUCAUAAUGAGGUUUGUGAUACUCGCGGCGAUAUCGACAAAGUGACCAACGAGUUAUACGCCUUGAGGGACACAGUUUUUAGUUUGGAGGACAAGAUGUGUUCAUUUGAAGAUAAACAGAUCCUUACACUCAAGGGUGUGGACUACCUGUGCCAAUUCGUUAAUGGGAAGACUAUGAAGGUGGCUGGCCUUUCUCAAUACGUUCAGGAUCAACUCAAAGUUACUGGGAAAUCUCGUCCUCAGCUCCCAUCUACAGAUUCUUUUGGCCUUCAGGGCCUCAAAGAGAUCGCAGAAGAGAUCAGAUCUAUUAAAGAUGAUGACUUGAGGUCAAAUGAACAGCCAACAAGAAGUGUGACGAGGUCUGCUUCAGCCAAGUCUUCAAAGGUCUAGACAAGGCGGUUUUACUGGAUUCUUUUAGGUUGCUGUCGGGGAAGAAAAGUUUACAUAUGGCGAAUAAAACUUCGUAAUGGUAUAUAUUAGUAAGCAGAAGAACUGCAGGAAGGAAAACCAUGAUAAUUCUUUUUUCAAUAUCAAUUUCUUUUAUUCGCUACCAUCCUUGCAUUGCCUGUUUUUAUAAUCAAAGUUCGAUGUGCAUCUUGAGCUUCAAGAUCUAAGAGUGGUAUUUUUGUUGCCUUUGUUUCAUUAUAAUUCACGCUUGUGAGUUGUGAUCGUAGAAUCUGAAGUACCAGCAGAAUGAUUUAUAUAUGUAUGAUUCACUAUUUUUAUCUCA